AUGGAGGAAGUAACAGAUGAGCGAACGCAUACACUUGUCGAACAAGAAAAGGAUGAAGAUGAUACUCCUAUGCUAAGCGCUCAAGCUCUUGAAGCUCUUAAAGAAUUCCUCGCCGAGCAGAACAGGGCCCUGGCUCCUGGAGACGGCGGCGGCGGCGGCGCCGCCGCCGGUGGGUUGGAGAAAGAGGUUGUGCUUCUGGCGGAGGAUUGGAGGCUGAGCCAGUUCUGGUACGACCGUGAAACGGCCGAAGCCGUUUCCGAAGAAGUUCUCUACCUCUGCGACUCUAUCUGUUGUCCUUCUGUUGCUUGCCUGGCUUGUCCCACUCUAUACGCCUACCUCAAAAAUGAUAGCCCAUUUAAGGACAUUGUUAAGAACUACUGGCUGGAAAGUGAAUAUUAUUUCCAAGUGAAAUAUUUCUAUGAUAUUCUGCAUUCCUGCACUAACUCAGCUUACAAAGCCUUUCCUUAA